AUGGACUUUUCUAUGUAUAACUUUGGAUUUGCUGGCGGCAGCAGCAAGAGGAAGUUAGAUGAGAUCGCUGCCCGUCGGCAGCAGCUCCGAGCGGAGCUCCUCGAUGAUUCCAUCGAGGUUCGAGUCGAGCGUCAGCUCGCUCAAGAGUUCCCCUCGGCGGCCCGUGGUGGUCGCGGCCAAGGGGGAGGCCACGGCGCUUUCCACGAGGCCCCCAUGGACCUCGACCAUGGCUGGGUUGAGCCCGAGCCCGAGCCCGAGCCCGUGAUGACGGGCGCGCUUCUCCGCCCCGGCGGCAACGUCGAGCCGCCCCAACAGGAGGCUGCGCAGGCUAACGCGCCGCCUGUUGGGAUGGCUCAGCCAACCACCUCUAGCACGGUGGGAGAUGAGAUGCGGCGUCCGCCGCAGAAUACCAACGCCUCUCUCCCCCUCCCCCAAGAGGACAACUUCGAGAUUGAUCUGGGGCCGUAG